UCAGGGGACUCUUGCAUUUUACCCGGACAUGUAAGCGGUUGCACAGGUGCCCAGAAUCAGUUUCGGCACGCCAUUGUGGAAAAUAGUUACUUUCACAUUACUGACUCCUCAUUGUGAGCUUGCUUAUCUAGUUGAGUUAUCCCGAGCAUAAUAACUAAAUAAGAAACUGUUCCACAAUGGCUACGGACUCCUGGGCACAGGCAGUGGACGAGCAAGAAGCCGCGGCGGAAUCGAUCGGUAGCCUCCAAAUAAAAGACAAACCGGAGGAAAAUGGCACGGCUGCAAAUGCAACAGACUCCAGCAGUGCAGCGUCAAAGUCAGAAGUUGAGGGAGAAAACAAGGGUACAGAAGAGGAUGACAACGAGGACAAAGCGGCGCAGUCGUUAUUGAACAAGCUGAUACGGAAUAAUCUUGUCAAUAACACGAAUCAAGUGGAAGUUCUUCAGAAGGACCCCAACUCUCCGCUCUACUCUGUCAAGUCUUUUGAGGAGUUGCGACUCAAACCACAGCUGCUUCAGGGCGUCUACGGCAUGGGUUUCAACCGACCAUCCAAAAUCCAGGAGACUGCCUUACCUAUGAUGCUGGCCGAACCUCCACAGAAUCUGAUUGCCCAGUCGCAGUCGGGAACAGGGAAAACAGCUGCCUUUGUCCUGGCCAUGCUCAGUCAUGUAGAUCCCAACAACAGAUUUCCCCAGUGCCUGUGUGUGUCACCCACCUACGAACUGGCACUUCAGACUGGCAAGGUAAUCGAGCAGAUGGGCAAACACUAUCCUGAGGUCAAACUAGUCUACGCCAUCAGAGGAAACAAAUUGCAGCGGGGCAUGAAGCUGCAGGAACAGAUAGUUAUUGGCACACCUGGUACCAUGCUGGACUGGUGUGGAAAAUUCAAGUUCAUAGACCCCAAGAAGAUCAAGGUGUUUGUGCUCGACGAGGCUGACGUCAUGAUUGCCACACAGGGUCACCAGGACCAGAGCAUCCGCAUCCAGAGGAUGCUGCCUAAAAACUGCCAGAUGUUGCUGUUCUCAGCCACGUUUGAAGAGACAGUGUGGAACUUUGCCCAGCGUAUUGUGCCUGACCCCAACAUCAUAAAGUUGAAGAGAGAGGAGGAGACGCUGGAUACCAUCAAACAGUACUAUGUGUUGUGCAACAGCAGGGAGGAGAAGUUCCACGCCCUCUGUAACAUCUACGGAGCCAUCACCAUCGCCCAGGCCAUGAUCUUCUGCCAUACAAGGAAAACUGCAGGCUGGCUGGCUGGGGAGCUGUCCAGAGAGGGCCACCAGGUGGCGCUGCUUAGUGGAGAGAUGCAGGUGGAGCAGAGGGCUGCUGUCAUCGACCGCUUCAGAGAUGGCAAGGAGAAGGUUCUGGUCACAACAAACGUUUGCGCUCGAGGUAUCGAUGUCGAGCAGGUUUCUGUGGUGAUCAACUUUGACUUGCCAGUAGACAAGGAUGGUAACCCAGACAACGAGACAUACCUGCACAGGAUUGGCCGCACAGGUCGAUUUGGCAAAAGGGGACUGGCCAUCAACAUGGUGGACAGCAAGAUGAGCAUGAACAUCCUCAACAGGAUCCAGGAGCAUUUCAGUAAGAAAAUUGAAAAACUAGACACAGAUGAUCUGGAUGAAAUUGAGAAAAUCGCCAGCUAAAGAGGAUGGCGUUUAUCGCAUGAAGGACGCUGACCGGACUUCCCUUCCCCUCUUGGCUCUCCAAGAACUGUACGCUCCUACAGUGUUUUAUGCUUUUAUUUUUUUAGCAGUCGGAGAAAAGAGCAAUCCCACAAACACAGCAUAUGUUUACAUGUGGAUAUGUCUCCUCUCAGAGUGUUUUGUAAGUCUCUGGAGCAUACCCCAUUUCACUCUUUGUACUUCUUUGAAUAAAGUCUAUAAGUUUAUUGCUGUGUAUCGUGGUGCUGCAAAAGCGACUGUUUUACUGAACACACAUGGCGUUAAAAAACAUGUUUUGGUGUUGGCUGUAGAGUUGGCAUUAUACAAGCCAUUGUGUAAGAUUCACUAAAAACCCUAAUGGAAAAAUAACAAUUUUAUGUUCUACAAACUUUUUAACGGAGUAUAAUUGAAUGUAACUAUCAUGUAGACUAUUACAGCAUUUAUUGUGCUCUUUAUUGACUACAAAACCUCAGUACAAAGGGUGAAGUUGGGUAUGCUGCUCCAAGCAGUAGUUUAAUCAUAGAUUGUUAUUGAGAUGGUGAUGGUUGGGUUUCAAGGGUCUAUGCAAACUUAUCAACCUGUGAUAGCUAUUCUCAAAUACUAUCAACCUGUAUUCACGUGACAGAAAUUAACCUCAGAUUUAGCAUCAGGGUGUGUAGUCAAAUGCCACAACAGGCUGCCUAGAGUGAUGAUACACUACUAACUCAAAGUCGUGGACAUUUAGAUAUUUCUGUUUAGCCAGUAAUCAAUCAUCAGCCAACCAUACAUCUCCCAUGCAUGUCAUUUAUAUCAUUUUAAAACCGAUUGCGGCUGUUAUCGGGACAGGCUUGGCGCCACUGCUAAGCAUUUAUCAUUCAUCUUUUUUCUUCAUCUGUAUUGUAAAACAAAAUUGUAAUUCAAAAUGUGGCCAUUAAGGUCUGAUGUGAUCAGUUUCCCUUUGUGUCUCACUGUCCCACAAUCUUUUCAAUCAGGGUCUCAAGUUUGACUUAAGCUCAGCUACAUUCUUCAACCAGACUGUGCUGUUAUUAAGGAUUGUGAGUAAAAACACCCGCCUUCCUCAAGUGCAUUAUAUACACGAUUUUGUUUCUAAGACAUUGGGCUUAAUAUUCUGGCAAACACUUGAAAUUUUGAUUAUAUAAUGAAUUAUGAGCAUCUUUAGGAGGUGUGAAUUAUCUUGAUCUAUGCCAAUCAGACUCACUGUGUUGCUCCAACAUGGUCGCAUGAAUAGAAAACGUGUACUUGUGUACAUAUAUAAAAAGAUUUAGGUUAAAGAAAUAGUGUUACUGAAUUAUUGAGUUGGUCACUUCUAAGAAGUGCAAAAACCAUUCCUCAUGAGGUUUAAUUUUGAUAGAUGCAGCACUUUGAAUAAGAAAUCAGUUAACCUUGUGGAUGACUGCACCAAAUUAUAGAAACGGUGUGAUGUCUGGUGUAUUUGAUCAAUGCGCUGGAACAUUAAGGGCAGUGAUUGGUCAGUCUGAACCUUGUACAAACCUCACCUGUCUCCCACCGGCAUCGAGAAGACUGCUGGUGGACGUCCGGUUUUAAUGGACUGUUUACAGACAACUUAGCCGAAUUAGAAGCAAGUGAGUGUGCUGAAAAUCCACGAGAAUGCUCUGUGAAGAGUUUCGGGUUAAAAACCAAUGUAUGCAGUUUUUUUUGGACAUUUGGAUGUAUACAUUAUCAGUGAGAGUGUGUGCACUUUGUUGAUCCACAAUGUAAUACCACUGUAAGCUGUGGGGACACAAAGCAGUUUUGGCUAUAGAACUUAUCACUCUUCUCCACAUGUAUACCUUGUUUGAUAAUUGUCAAGACCUACCAAAACCCAGUUCAUACAUGUAUACAUAGGAGUAAUACUGCCUAACUAGGCUUAAAGGAAGUUGUCUGUUGUAACCCGGAGGUCAUGUGUAGACAAUGAUAGGUUCAAGGUGUGUGGUAUUCUGUAGCUGAGCUGCAUUCAUGGACACAGUUAUGUAUUCUUAAUAUGUUGAAUUAAAAGAACAUGUAGACGUUCA